AUGACAGGGAAGGAGGGAGUUUUGCUCUCUGACACUGAGAAUAAACAGAAACCAGCCUCACACACCAGCGUGAACCACGGGCUUUCCCAGCAUCCGCAUCCAGGCUGGAAGAUGGCCCCCACGGUGCACCGGCGCACGGGCUUCGGGAUCCAGGAGCUGCUCGGCCUCACCAAGGAUCCUCCGGCGGUUUCCCGGAGGCCGCUGGAGGCUCUGCCGCACACUGCGCACGUCCUGGCCGCCAGAUCGGCCCUGGGACACGGGGGUCUCGGGGGUCUCGGGGGUCUCGGGGUCGGCAUGGGUUUGCUCGGACCAGAGGGAAUACACUCGUUUUACAGCCAACCUGCUUUCCUGGAGGUGCUGGCAGAGGCGCAGCACGUGCACCUGCAGCCGCUGCACCGCGCGCCGCGCAUGGACACACAGAUGGACGCGCAGCACUCCGCCAGCUCGGAUUCCGAUGACAUGAGUCUCUCCUCCGGUGAUCAGAAGUUCUCCAAAUCAUCCAUGAGUCAGAGCAAGAAACGGAAGAAAAGACGACACAGAACCAUUUUCACCUCCUAUCAGCUGGAGGAGCUGGAGAAAGCUUUUAAUGAAGCCCACUAUCCAGAUGUGUACGCUCGAGAAAUGCUCUCCAUGAAGACCGAGCUACCAGAGGACAGAAUACAGGUGUGGUUUCAGAACCGCAGGGCCAAGUGGAGGAAAAGGGAGAAGUGUUGGGGUCGCAGCAGCGUGAUGGCGGAGUACGGCCUGUACGGAGCCAUGGUGCGUCACUCCAUCCCCCUCCCCGAGUCCAUCCUCAAGUCCGCCAAGGAGGGCGUCACAGACUCCUACGCCCCGUGGUUAUUAGGAAUGCACAAGAAGUCAGUUGAUAUCCCACACACCUCUCCUGGAAAUCCCUGCAGCCUGACACCACCCCCACCUCAGGAGAAACCAAUGGACAAAGUGAUGGAGGAAGAGGCGGAGAAAAGGAUGAAAGACACAACUAACACACCUAUUUCUAAAGAGUUACUGAGGGAAAACAGUAUCGCUGCGCUGCGAGCGAAGGCGCAGGAGCACAGCGCCAAGGUGCUCGGGACAGUUUCAGAAAGAACAAAUGUCACGCACAAAGAACAAGCUGAGGACAAUGUGACGAAGCAGGAGACGGCAGAGGUGGAGAAGUGUGACUGAAAUAAGAUGCAGGAAAACAGACUGACGGUGAAAAUACCUGCAGAGCGGAGAUUGCACUUCAGAGGCAGAAGUCUUGUUGUAUUGGUUGAGUCUGACCUUGAUGCAUGUUGAGUCGCUGAUGACGGUUGAUAAGACCUGCAGGUCAAACAUCAUAAUCAUAGAUAAAUAAAUCAAAAAUGUAUUUCCUUUCUUGAUCUUAUCAGGUUGCUAAAGGUUAUUUAGCUACAAAAACUGUGGUUUCCUAACUCAGCCAAUUACAUUAUUACAGCUCUAAGAAAUAUUCGAGCUCUGACAUGUUUCUUUAACAUUUACUGCAAAUCUUCUGCUAUGGAGCCGCGUUAAAAAAUAUAUAUUUAUUUUCUUUAAAAUAGAUCAUUAACCUUACAGUUCUGUGACAUGGCAGCUACUUUUAUGCAACAGUGUGGUUCUUUCAACAAGCAUCUGAAGCAAGAAACGGACUCUAACUGCUCAAAAGGUGCUGACAAGAAGAUGAUUGUGACCUCUGACCUCCCUGGAAUUUCAGCUGGGUGACUGAAAAUCAGUCCUGUGAAAAGAUUACAAGAUUAAAUCUUUGUUGUUGCAACUCUUGUGAUGUACAUACUGCAAAUAUUGUCCAAUAGUACUGUUAUGUACAGUUAACAAUAAUUAUCUGUGUCUGUAUAAAUGUAACUGUAGC